UAAGCCUAAGUCAUAGUCCAAUUUAUCCAAUAAAAACAUAAUGGAUUUAUGACGUUUCUUCUCUGUGUUGUAAACGGUACCAUAUUAUAGAAACGAUAUCGUGCCGUAUAGAAAUAUGGUUGAUUCGAAACAGUUGGAUGGCCAAUAAUUGUCAAUACCGUCCACCACCGAACGGAAAUUCUACAGGGGAUACAAUAAAUUAAGAUAUCCCUCAAAAUCUAUAAUAUCAUGGAGCAUAGUAAAAGCACGUAAUGUUUUUACUAUGAUUUCUUGUAGAAAUCGUAUAUAAGACGGAAACGAAAGAGGAGGAGGAGUUAACCGUACUAUCAGUAACGUCAAAGAUGUCGGGUGCUAUCGAGAGACAUAACCAAAAAGUAAGACGAAGAAACGUCAUCGAUACAGUGAAUCUUUCUCAAGAUCAUAAAAAUGACUCAAAUUUCGUGGCCGAACGUAUCCCACUCGUGUUAUUAUCAGACUCGACUGAAGCUUGGUACGAUGGUAUUAUACCAAGAAUACCUGAUAUAGCGGAUUUGACACCGUCCGGUAAACAGAAUGGAGUGCUCGGUCAAGAUAGUGAUUCCUUCGUGGAUAAUUCUUGUGUUGGUGUAGAAGGAUCGAUGAACCAAGAGCGUAUGAAAAUAAGUGUUAUACGAGAUACUAUCACGAAGCUGGAUUUAUCAUUGGGAGACUUUAAACUACUUGGAUCCAGUAACGAAGGAUUUGUCACUGAUGGUAUACGAAGGGUACUUUGGCCAAAGAUACUAAGAUUGUCCAUGGAUGAAAUUGUACCUGUAGAAGGACUAGAAACAAUAUAUACUAAAAUUCCUAAUGAAGUUUAUCAACAAAUAUUAAAAGAUGUAGCACGAAGUGGAAGUCAUAUUUCUCCAACUGCGACGGAAGAAGAGACCGAACAUUUCCAGGACCAAUUAACGCAGAUUAUUUGUUGGGUUCUUCACAGGCAUCCUGAAUUAAAUUACUACCAGGGCUAUAAUGAUGUAGCUGCAACUAUUUUACUUGUUAUGGGUCUACAAGAAGGUUUAUAUGUACUUGAAAGUAUUUCUAUGGAGUUUCUUGAAAGAUUUAUGGAAAAAACAAUGGAGAAAGUUAAUCAGGAACUCUUCUACAUCUUUGCACUGUUAGAACGUGUUCAUCCUACUCUUCUUGAACAUCUAGAAAAUGUAGAAUUGUUUCCUCAUUUUGCACUAGCUGAAUAUACGACAUGGUAUGCGCACAAAUAUGCAGAAAACAGGAAAUUAUUGCAUAGAUUAUACGAUUAUUUUCUUAGCAGUCCACCUUUAAUGCCACUUUAUCUUAGUUCUGUAAUUGUAGCACAUCGGGCUACAGAAAUAUUUAAUACCACGCCUGAUAUGGGACAUACUCACAAAGUUUUAUGUACACUACCUGAUGAUUUGCCUUUUGAAACACUUCUUAUUGAUGCAAAGAAUUUGUAUCAUCAGUAUCCCCCAGAAUCAAUCAAUAAGGAUGUAAAAGAUUACGAUUGUAAGAGACGUUGCAAGGAGCAAGAAUGGAAAGCAAAAGCAGAAGCAAGUCGCCAGGAAAGAGAAAGACAACGUCGACUUAAAAUUGUUAAAGCAGCUCCAAGAAUACCUUAUCGCAUUAGAAGUUACAAAACUAUAACUGUUGUAACAAUUUUAGCUCUUGGACUGUACGCAUUUCUGAAAUCUACAUCAAGUCUUAACUGACAUUAAAUGUAUUUUCCCCAUCCGAAAUUAAAAUUUAUAUAUGGUUUAUAAAUGAAAAUUACUGAUUCUGUAGUAAAUGAUAAUUGGUGUGAAUAUUGGUAAAGCUUGAGCAAAAUUACCCUAUAAAAAGAAAAACAAAAAACGAUUAAAAUUGUAAGCAUUCCUAAGCUGCCUUUAUGCUGUGUUCUUUGAAGGCGCUGACCAGAACUUUCUAUGCACACGUUAUAAAAGUCAUUCGUAAGUAAGUAGGUGCCUUUAGAAGAUAGUAAACAAUUCUUUUAAAAAUACGACAAAUUGUUAAGAAAUAAUGAACAUACGACUGUGCAAUAAAACGUAUUGUAUAAUGUAAAGUGUGUGAUAUAAUGUAUAAAU